AUGGCACAGGUUUUGGAACAUCGGAAUAGAUUGCGUCUCAUCAUUGAAACAAUACUUUUUUGCGGACGCCAAAACAUUCCAUUACGUGGACACAGAAAUGAUGGAAAAUUGACUAUAAGAGAAAAACCGUUAAUCAACGAAGGAAAUUUUAGAGCUCUUCUCACAUUCAGGGCUACGGCAGGAAAUGAAACUUUAAAAAAACAUUUGGAAAAUACAUUCUCAAGAGCUACAUAUAUCAGCAAAACAACGCAAAAUGAAAUAAUUGAAUGCUGCAAAGAAGAAAUCCAAAAUCACAUAUUAGCGAGAGUAAAAAAAGUGAGGGCUUAUUCUAUACUAUUUGAUGAAACCACCGAUGUAGCCCAUAUUGAACAAAUAAGCUUGAGUUUACGUUAUAUUCAUGAAGAAAAUAUUAGAGAAGAUUUUUUAACUUUUGCCGAUAUUUAUGAUUCUAUUCGUGAGGAGGAUAUAAAAAAAAAUAAACGACGUUUUACUGGUGUUGCAUUGGGUCACUGCAUGGUUGAUCUUCUAAAAAAAUUCGAACUUUCUUUAAAAAACUGUGUCGGCAUUGGUACAGAUAAUUGCUCUGUUAUGGCAUCGGACUUGAAAGGAGCAGUUCAGGAGAUCAUAAAAAGCUGCCCUAAUGCGAAGAGGUGCACUUGUUUUAAUCAUUUCCUGAACAAUUCUCUUGCUAAAACAGCAAAAGUAAUUUCUACUAGAAACGCUAUUGAUACGAUGAAAAGCGUUAUUAGAUUUAGUAAUGCAUCGUUUAAAAGAACGUCGGUAUUUAAGAAGCACAUAGGAGGAUCUUUCUCUGGAUUUUGUGAAACGCGAUGGAUUGAGAAACACGAUAGUAUUCUGCAAUUUGAAGACUCUUAA